UACUGCCACCCGGCUGCAUCAUCAGCAAAUGCUUUAUGUGAAUUCAGAUAUCAAGCCACUGAAGCAACGUUAGUGCAUGGAUGUAUUUGCUCAAAUCCGACCGGAUCAUGUAAUGAAGUGAGCAGAAGUCGUUCAUAUCAACUCGAAAAUGUUAUCCAACGACGUGCCCAAAAGGAUCUCGUCUAUUGUUAUAGUCUACAGUAUAGCUCGUCGAGUCGUUUCGGUGAAGAGGUUUUCAAGAACUCAGGAACAUGUGAAGGGCAAUACUGUUUUGUUUCGUUGACAACAUCUGAACUGACGGUUGAAGCGGCAACGAGCCGUUUCGAUUCUAGUGAAAUACUCCAAUCAGCAGCAGAUCACAAGGUAAUUAUGCAGGUAAUUUGUAUCAAACUAAAUUUACUCGGUAAAAUUUUUGUAAACGUUGGCUGUACAAUCGAAUACGCGAAAAAUAUCAGUGAGCCGUUGUUGAAGCAUUGUAUCUGUGCAACGCAUUUGUGUAAUUUCUACACUGAACUCUUUCCGAAUGCUCGUUCGAAUUUGACGUCGUUAUCAAAUCGUACGCCUCUCUCUGUUGCUCUCGACAAUACUUCAGGUAGUUCGUGA